AUAGAGGAGUAGUAGUAAACUGCUGCAGAACAUUGAACUGUCAACAGCGUAAAAUUGGCUACUAGAAUUAUUACAACAUUUGUUAACAAUUCUAUUGCAACAAUUCAACUCAAAGGACACGCAAUACUAAUAAAUUCGAAAAAAAAUCUUUUAUUUGAUUUACAGUUUUCAUAACAAGGAAAAAACCUAUCGGCUGGAGAGAAGUAAAGUGCAUAUCCUUGAGUUUUAAACCCUUUUCGUUGUGGCAAUUGAUGGCUGUUUGUUGACAAUUGCCGUGCACGCAAAAACCCCAUAGAUCUAAUGUGAAAAUUAAAUAUCGAAAGAGCAUAGCAAGUGUUGCUGAUUCUAUUCCAUGGUAUUUGUAGCCGGUAUUGGACCACAUAAUUAUCAUCAUAGACGUCUAUCAACCAGCAGUAUGUCGAACCAAAAACAAGGUGCCCUCAAACAAUGCCUGCAGCUAUGUUGCCUCUUGGCCACAUUUAUAAUGGCGGGAUUUUUCAGUACGGCCGGUGCCAAGCCUACCAUAUCCUUCAGUUUUCCCCAAGGACUACAAGGUUUCCCCACCUUCACUUCAUUUACACAGCAAAUCAUUGAAAAUCGCAGUGCUCGACAAAUGAAAACUUACAGUGGCAAACGAUUAACGAACGACUCAUUACUCAUGAUAUACUAUCACGAUUCGACAAUUGCGGUUACCGAAUUGGGACCACAAAAACUUCUACUGGGCUGUGAACUCAUUGAAAUUUACAAUGAACAGGAAGGCAAAAUGCUUUUGGAGAACCUCUCCAAAUACAAUCGCCCCUUGGAGAUAACAUUUGAGGAAAUGUUGAAGUUAAUGCGGCAAUGUGAGCGUGUCGAUAAACUGACCUAUGCCGCACGAAACACCGGCAAAUCAUCGGAUGCCCCAUCGUCCACAGAAACGAAUAUCGCCUUAAAUCUGGCCGCAAAUAUUUUCCCCAAAAGUCCACUUUCAAUAUUGAGUGGUAUUAUACCAGGCACAAAAUGGUGUGGCACCGGUGACAUUGCUGAGACCUAUGACGACUUGGGCACUGAAACCCAAAUGGAUCGCUGUUGUCGUCAACAUGAUUUGUGUCCGGUGAAAAUUCGGGCAUACCAAACCAAAUAUGAUCUCAACAAUGAUUCAUUGUAUACAAAAUCCCAUUGCAUCUGCGAUGACAUGCUGUUCUCCUGUUUGAAAAAGACCAACACAUCUGCCUCACAGCUCAUGGGUUCGAUAUAUUUCAAUUUGGUGCAGGUGCCCUGUUUGGAUGGCGAAAAGAAUCAAUAUCAAUUUCGGGCGGCCAAGGAGGGUUUCUGAGACCCGAUUCACCCCUCCCAACCUAGCAUACACGGCCCACAUGUGCUUAUUGGCCAACUACAUUGUUAGCAUGUAGUUGUUAGUUGUUAAUUAUCUAUCCCAUGUUGUACAUAGACAAUAGUUACUGUAGUUAUUUAUAUCUAAUUAAUAUUAUGUUAUUUUUUUAUGUUUUUUAUUAUUAUUGUAAUAAAUGAAAAAAGAGGUUAAA